AUGCACUGGUCAAUGAACACACUGUUAUUGCCUCCAUAUGUUGAGCUGGGUGUCCACUCACUCAGUGGCCUUCUGUGGACUGUCCUGCUACUCUUUCUGUGGCACUGUUAUCGGAUGGGCUCCGACCUGCCAAUUCCGGGCCACGCACACGCUGGAAAGCUCAAGUCAGGCUCAAGGCGGUCCAUGAUGUCCCGUGGCGGUAGCUGUGCUGGAACAAAGUGUAGUGCACGAUCCAAGCUGUCGAGAAGUGAUCAAAUUACUCCCUUUAUUUCCAUGGAAACGGAGGAGGAUGAGGAACAGGGACAGGGCUACCUCAACCCGGUGCUGAGUCAUGCCUUGUUCCCAGCCCAGGCAUCUGCAGAAGCCAAGAAACUGUACGCAGCACUGCAAGAGUAUGCCAAGCGCUACAGUUGGGUGGGCAUGGGUCGCAUUCACAAGGGCCUCCGUGAGCAGGUCAGACUGAACGACCUCUCUGCCAUACAGAAGCCUCAUCUCUUCUUCUUGCCAGAUGUGCCAAGUGUUCCUUUCUUCCCACGAGAUGCUCAUCGACAUGACAUUGAGGUCUUGGAAGCCAACUACUCUGUAAUCUUGGCUGAAUUCAAGGCUGUUUCCCAGAGAGGCAUCGACUCAAAACUAGGUUGGACCAGUCUGGGACCAAAGGGCCAGGCAGUGUUUCCGUUGUACAGUGCAGGUGUCUCUGUGGCAGGCAACUGUCGCUCCUGUCCCUGCACCUAUCGGACACUUCUCUCUCUACGCACAUUCAUAAGCAGCAACUCAUUGGGGUCUGCUGGAUUUUGGCUGUUGGGGCCAGGAGCUACGUUGGGGAGCUCAUAUGGACCCACGAAUACACGCCUACGUUGUCACCUUGGUCUGCAAACUCCACCCCUGUGUGAGCUGGUGGUGGGAGGGGAGCCUCAGUGCUGGUCAGAAGGACACUGCCUCCUGGUUGACGACUCGUUCCUCCACACUGUCUCCCACAAAGGGCCUCCAGAUGCUGGGCCCAGAGUAAUUUUGAGUGUGGACGUCUGGCAUCCAAAUGUGGCUGCAGCAGAGAGACAAGCUUUGGACUUCAUGUUUAGCCCCGACCUCUGA